CAUAAUAUGAACACAUUCAGUCGGAAAUAGGUUUUGACAAGGUCGUCAAUGUUUGUAUAUUAAAGGAAAAAUGGCUUCAAUAAUAAAAGUCAUUGGAAACGUUCGAAGGAUAAUUUCUCACAACAAUGGGAUAAUUGGAAGUUUUCUAAAGAUGUUUCGACAUGAUGACUUAAAGUGGGGAACACUGGUUGGCGAGGACAAAUAUGGCAAUAAAUAUUAUGAGAAUAAUUACUACUUCUUUGGUAAAAAUAGAUGGGUAUCCUAUCCUCAGUCAUCAGGAUUUGACUUUGAUGCAAGUGAAAUUCCCCCAGAAUGGCACAGAUGGAUGCACUAUAUGACAGAUGAUCCACCAACCAAAGUGCCUUUACCCCAAAGAAAAUGGAUGGCUGAUCAUACAAUGAAUCUUACAGGGACAAGCAGGGAAUAUGUCCCAUACAGCACCACACGGCCCAAAAUACAAUCCUGGGUGCCCCCAAAAUCAUCAGACUAGCCCUUGACAAUUUUAGACACCAAACUAUGGCUUUGUUUUGAAACAGGUCUUAUUCGUGCUUACACAGCCAAGCCAGAUGAUUAUUGUUGUAAUAUAAGCUAUUGAAUUUAUCUUUGUACAUUGCAUGCUUUGGUAUUUGCUGCAACCAGACUUGUUUGAAUAAAGGAAAUACGCUAAUA